CUCUCAUAAGUGUUCUAAUGUUCGAUCCAUCAUCAACAUUGUACUGACAGCCAUUGGUUUGGGUGUCAUCACCCUUCCGACCGUCAUGGCCACCUGUGGCUGGAUUGGCGGCAUUCUCGUCCUGUUCGUCGCUGCUGCCUUGUCGGACUAUAUGGUCUGCAACCUCUACAAAGCCGUCACGAAUCACCCCAAGGGAGAUCCUAUCAACACCUAUGAGGAGCUCGGCAGAGUCUGCUUUGGUCGAGCUGGUCAGAUCAUCACAGCCCUUAUUGUUCAUGCCACCAUGACCGGAGUUUGUGCCACUCUCCUUCUUCUGCUGGGCGAGAAUACCCAGAAGUUGGCUCCAGGGCUUUCUGUUACCGUAUGGUGUGUCAUCUGGGCUGCCAUUUGCCUCCCUUUCUCCUGGCUGAGAUCCCUCAAGGAGAUCUCCUAUGUUGCCAUUGUUGGUCUGGUUGGUGUCAUAGCGCUUUUCGUUAUUAUCGCAGCCAAGGGCAUUGAGAAUGGCAUCACUACUGAUGAGCCUAUUGAUUAUGAUCUCUUCAACGGUGAUGCUCUCACAUGGGCCGUCUCCUUUGGUAACGCCAUUCUCUCCUAUCAAAUGGCCAGUGCUACGCCCACCCUCAUUCGUGAGAUGAUCACACCUGCCGCUUUCCCUAAGGCAGCCUCUGCUGGUCUCCUUAUAGUCUUCGUCAUCUACGUUGGUGUCGGUGCCUGUGGCUACUACGGCUAUGGCAGGAGCCUCAUUGAAGUUCCUAUAAUGAACAGCAUCGCUCCGCCUGGCCAGCCACUUGAUGUAUGGGGGUACAUUGCAGUGAUCGCCAUGCUUCUAUUGGCGUUUCCUCAUUUCUUGGUCAUCCUCAUGCCGAUCGCCGCCUCUCUGGAGUACGCUUUCAAUAUCGAUGUUGACAGCACGGCGAAGCGCGAUCUCAUCAAGAGAAUCAUCGCUCGCACCUUCCUGGUUGGAAUCGCCCUGGUCAUUGCAAUUGUUGUCCCCAGUGUUGACAAGCUCAUUAAUCUCAUGGGUGUGUUUACCAUGAUAGCUAUGGCUGGAGUCCUCCCUGCCUUGUUCUAUACUAGAAUACGUGUAUUCAACGAGGGAUCAUUGAAGGCUGUUUGGAAGGCAAGUCGACUCGAGAUGAGCCUUCUCGGUGCCCUCACUCUCCUCUGUCUGUUAAUAAUGGGAGCUGGCGGCUACCAAUCGAUUGUUGAUUUCUAAUCAUCGAUCGUUUUUGUCGCAGAAUCGGCUCCCGUUGUAUUAAGAAACGGGACGUUCUGUGGUAGUUCCGUUUAAAUGAUAUGAAGAUGGUAACUCGCCGUGCUGGCGACUAGAGCGGAGUAUAUCAUCACUCCUUCUCUCGUCUUCGUUCACUUCUGGAUGAUGCUUAGACUAACUGUUUAUACUAACACUACUCAGGUUUCAGUGUCUCUUAUCAAGUAGCGUCAGAAUAUGACGAUGCCGUGCGGGCACCAUCUAUGUUCCUUCGACAAUUGAUAGUUGGUAUCGUUUCCAAAGUCA